CAUGUCCCGUGUAUUGGGCUUUGUCUCGGCGCUGCUGCUGCGGGCGGUGUACCGGGCCUCGGCAGUCGAGGCCUGCCGACAACUUAGAAACCAACGGCCUCUUUCUUGGGCUCCGUUUUAUCUAACCCGGCACAGCAGUUACCGGAGUGUUUGUACAGCUCCCUCUGAAACUGUCACCUACCAGGAACUAAAACAGUUGCUUAAGUCAAAAACAAUUGUGAUUGAUGUCAGAGAACCCUGGGAGAUCAAGGAGUAUGGACAAAUUCCUGGAUCUAUAAAUGUGCCGUUGGGACAAGUGGAGCAAGCCUUGAAGUUGGAUCCAAGCAAAUUCAUGGAAACCUACAAUGGGAAGAUGCCAUCCACAUCCGACGAAAUUGUCUUUUCAUGUUUGGCAGGAGUCAGGAGCAAGAAGGCUUUAGAUACUGCGACAUCAAUGGGCUACAGCAGAGCUCUACAUUUCCCUGGUGGUUGGGAAGAAUGGGUGAAACGUGAAUUUGCUGAACAUCAGCGCUGAGCUGCUUUGAGAAUUUUUUCCCGAAGAAAUAAAGAAAAAUUCUCCAUUAUGAUCACUACUCGAGAAUAUUAAAUCUUCACUUUUAAUAAUUGAACUUUUCUUACCUAAAUAUCAUUUCUUUUUUAGCUAAAAUGUAUAGCUGAGAAUUGUGAAAGGUUUGAGAAAUGUUUUUGCAAAACUGGCAACAAACUUUACCAUCUUAUGCUUUUGGAAUAAGACCCCAGUAGGCUAAAUUUAACUAUUUACUGUAUUUUUCUUUGAGAGAGUCAGCAGAAUUUGUAUUAAGCCAAUUAAGCUGUGAUUUAUAACUAUCAACCAAACCUCUGCAUUUAAGUUUUUCUGUAUGACAGAAUUGUGCUUUUUAAAACUUCAUGCACCUGUUUUGACAGACAGCUAAAUAAUAGUUUAAGUUGUCACUAAAAUUUACGAACACUUUGGUUCACAUGGAAUUACUUUCUACCACGCCCUCCCAAUUUAACUUCAUCUAAGAUCUUAUGCCUGGCAGUGUCACUGCAUGUAUAGCUUUUCUUUUAAUGUGUAUUUUGUGCACAUUUGGUCAUGUUAAAACUGUCCCAUGUUCAGAAAGCCACUUGUGCAUAGGAAUAUGAGCUUUUACCUGAAACAACUGCAUGAGGAACUAUAUUUUGGAAUAGUUUUAAAACUUUGACUAUUUAAUUAUUGUUGAAAAUCACUUUGAAAUUUUAUCUUGCACUCAGAACAGUUUAUAAGAAAUAUCAAAGGAAAGGGAAAACAACAUUUAUGCCAAAUGACAGUAGUUGGCAAGUGCACUGAGUGAUGGAUGUGUUGCCAUGAUGUAUGUAUCAGUUAAUGAUGACUAACAAUUAACCACCAAGCAGGUCUGGCAGCAUCUGUGGAGAGAGACAAUUAACAUUGAACACCAUGUGCCUUCCCCAGAACUUCAUGUCAACACCACACUGCAAAAAAAAAGCCAGCCUGAUCAAAUCAUUUCUCAUUGUUUAUUAUUCAAAAUCUAUUGGCCCAAGACCAUCUUUGUCCUGAGAAGUAUCCAGUUUAAGUAAAAUGAAGGAAAAAUAGGAACACCUGUUGUUAAAUCCCUGUAAAUAUAUGCAACACAACCUUGCUAUGCUACCUAAGCAGUCACUAGAAACAAUUUAUCCAAUAAUGGCAACUACAAAAUCAAUUGAAUUGAAGCUUUCCUGCACCUUGUGAUGUGAGGCAUACAAAGUAUGCUUGACUGUUUGUGGCUACUUUUCUUACUGGAACAGGUCACCAGCCUGUCACGAGAGACUAUAGCUUGAGGUGUGCCAUUUGUAUCAAGUUAAUCCACAUGUGGGCUCAUUGCAAAUGCAUCUUGUUGCGAUGUGAGUCUAGGAGUGAUAUUCAGUUGAAAUUUCUCGCUUAGAAACAAGGAUGCUACCUAAUACAACAUAAAACCUUCUUCAGUGAACCAAUAAAUUUUAAAUUUUGUUGGAUAUUUGUGAGAAUGAGGAAAAUGUUUAACAACUUAGUUUGCUCCGAACAGUAAUCUAACUUUUCUGAAUCUGCUCAGCUAGAGAUUGAAUGUACCUUAAUAGCUAGGAUAUUGAAGGAUUUAGGCUACAGAGGUAUGUUAACUCCCAAAUUUCAUCCCCUUAUUUAAAAACUCAAGCACCUGAACAGCCAAGAUCUGAAUUAUUUCUUGGAGUAAUUUCAUGUAGAAGUAUGUUCUGUAACUUAAUGCUAUACUAUUUGUGAUAUGAUUCUCAAAUGUAACAUUAGAAAUUAAUGCAGAACAUUAAAGCCCCAUCUGCUUAAAUGA